GGCAGUGCGCGUGCGCCGCGCCCGCACUGCAAACCGAAAUAGAGCCUGCGAGCGGCUGCCCGGGAGGGGUGGCGGGGCGGUCCCGGAAAUAAUCUCUGUUCCCAGCCGCCGGGAUUUGGCGAGUUUCCCUCGGCGGUGGAGAGGAAAUGCAGCCUCAGAGUGAUUCCAUAUUCCAGGCAGUUCAAAGAAUUCUGAACCAUAAGCUGAGCUUAGUCCCAGACCUGGAAUGGCCAAAUAUCAAGGUGAAGUUCAAAGUUUAAAACUGGAUGAUGAUUCAGUUAUAGAAGGAGUAAGUGACCAAGUACUUGUGGCAGUUGUGGUCAGUUUCGCUUUGAUUGCUACCUUGGUAUAUGCACUUUUCAGAAAUGCACAUCAAAACAUUCACCCAGAAAACCAAGAACUAGUAAGGGUACUUCGGGAACAACUUCAAACAGAACAGGAUGCACCUGCUGCUGCCCGACAGCAGUUCUACACUGACAUGUAUUGUCCAAUCUGUUUACAUCAAGCCUCCUUUCCUGUUGAGACAAACUGUGGACAUCUGUUUUGUGGUACCUGCAUUAUUGCAUACUGGCGAUAUGGUUCAUGGCUUGGGGCAAUCAGUUGUCCAAUCUGUAGACAAACGGUAACGUUACUGCUACCAGUAUUUGGUGAAAAUGAACAGUCUCAGGAUGUUGUGUCAUUGCAUCAAGAUAUUAACGAUUACAACCGGAGAUUCUCAGGGCAACCCAGAUCUAUUGUGGAAAGAAUUAUGGAUCUACCCACGUUACUGAGGCAUGCAUUCAGGGAAAUGUUUUCAGUCGGGGGCCUUUUCUGGAUGUUCCGUAUCAGGAUAAUACUUUGUUUAAUGGGAGCCUUUUUCUAUCUUAUCUCACCUCUAGAUUUUGUACCUGAAGCCUUGUUUGGAAUUCUAGGAUUUCUAGAUGAUUUCUUUGUCAUCUUUUUGUUGCUUAUCUAUAUCUCUAUUAUGUAUCGAGAAGUGAUAACACAGAGAUUAAACAGGUGAAAAAAAGGAGUUUACAAAAAUAUGAGCUAAUGUGUAAAAUCAGAUAAAAGGACCCAUGACAGUAUAAAGUAUUUGAAUAUUACAAGCUUAAAAACCACUGUAUGACAAACAUUCAUCAUCCGGCAAAUGCCUAACAAUAUAUGACUGGAAUUUUUAUGUCACAGUUUCUAACAGUAAUUUACAACUGUAUCUUGAUUCUGUGUUGUCUAUAAAGCUUCUGGGGAAAAUGUGGAAUUAUAUAAAAAGGGAUGCUUUUAUAUCUUCUCUCCCCCAAAUUACUCAGAUUAAUUGGAUGUAUAGUAGUAUCUUAGUAAGGAUAUAUAUUGUUAAAUGUACAUUUUAUCUAAUUUUUCCUUCAGUGAGUACCUAUAUAUCGCUGAAACUCAUCUAAAUACUUUUGUUAAAAUAAACUAUUGUACAAUAUUGAGGAAAAGCCAGUAUUUCUUUUAGUAAUACCUAGGCUUUAUGUAUUUGGAGCAGUUCACUAUUUCCAUUCUGAUAUAAUUCUUUGUUAUCAGCUGAAAGUGAAAGAAACUUGAACUUUAUUAUCUGAUUUCAUAUUCUGAUUUACAGAAAAGUUCUUAAUAGAUGUACGAUAUUUAUCUCUAGUCAGCACACUUGAUAGUCUCAGUUACAACAUUUAAACAAGUUUGAUCCUUCUAUAGGAAUAGUAUAGGAAAGUAACUUAUUUUUUAGGAACCUGGAUAAUACUGCAAACAUGCAUUUGUGAGGCAAGAAAUUCAUGGCUGGCUGUAUGCAUGAAAGAUAUUCGGAGGGUACUAGAACAUUAAAUUUGACGAGAAAUUACUGACAAACUGCAGCCAUAAAUGGGCAAAUAUGUUUUCUCUAGUCAGACACUUUUGUAAUACUGUCCCUAGAUGGCAGUGUAGCGCCCCAGUUUAUCAUGUCUGAUGCAAAUGAUCAAAUGUUAUCCCAGGUAACGCAACAGGAAACUUACCUUGGUUUACUGAUAGCUCCAACAUAAGGCUCCAAGGCUUUCUUCUGCAGUUUUCUGGGAAAAAAUCAAAACCACAAGUAUUAUGAAAUGCUAACUCCCUCAGCUGGCACUGCUCACUAGUGAACAGCAAGGUACUCUUUGAUGCCCGGGGUCAGUGUUAGCUCAAUCACUGAUAUUCAUACUGUCCAUUCGUGUAUUAGUGAAACUCGCUAUAUACAGAUAGGGAGGAAAAGAAAACAUCUCUCAUUCUCGCAAGUUAGAUUAGGCAUCAACUAAUGAGAUGAAUGAAAUAUCAGUAACAGUGUUUUUUAAUGUGGGCCUCAACAAAACUGUUACUUUGUCUCAGAGAAAAACAAAGUUUAAAAAUAGCACAUUAUAAUUAAGGCAAAUUCUUGCAUACUUUUCAUUUUAUUCUUAGGAUAAUUAUGUCAAUGAGACAGAAUAUCACCUUCCUUUUCAUAGAUGGCAUCUGUUAUAGAUAAAAAAAAUUUUUGCCUGAAGAUACUUAUACAAACAAAUAACUGAAAUAUUAGACCAGUAACUCACACAUGGGUUCAGAGAGACUGAAAGCUAUUAUGAAAAGGGGAUCUUUUGGAAGACUUUCCCAACACAAGAGCAGGAUAGCUUGGGUACUCCUAAGAAGAAAGGUCUGGAAAGAUAAUGUACCAAGACUUAACGAAUCCUAAUUCUACACUUCCAAAUCAAAUGUCUAAUAGGGUAGUACACGUCACAGAAAAAUAUUUUAUCAGUCACCAACUUGAAAUGUACCAGACAAGAAACACAUUUCCUACCAGUUACAAAUUUGGUGUGGGGCUAUUGGAGUAUCAUUUUUGGAAAGGAUUUAUUUAAUUUUCCAUGCAUGUGUUCCGCUUCAAAUGUUGCAUUUCUAGUUAAAAUAACUUCAUUAUAAUGUUUAGUUUUCCUUCCAAGACUUUCCUGGUAGACGUGUAUAGUACCAAAUUUUGUAACAUACAACAACACUGUAUGAUAUAAAGUCUCUUUAAAUUGAAAAGGGAACAUGUAUACAUUUCAGAAUUUUAGAUCUGCUUAUGAUGCCAUCUUUACUGAUCACUGAUAGACAAUAGAGAUGGGAUCUGAGAGAAUAAAGCAAUCAGUGUUUUAAACGUCAUAAUAACACUUCUGAUUCAUAGUUAAAGAGUAUGUAAGUCAAAGCAACAUUAUGGAUUUUUGUAAACAACAAUACUGUAAAUUUCAAAUAAACACACGGUCCAACCCCAGGAGCAGAUGAUGAUUUGGGCAGCUCUGUGGGGAACAAGAUGGAGGAAACAUCUGUUCUAAAUGUCCACUGGAGCAGUGGUUUCAGCGAGUGCAAUUUUCUGUUUAAGAGGAACUUUUCUAGGAAGAAUGAACUGCAUUGGUCCCUGUGGCUGUGCAGAUACCUACCUCACAGAGUUGUUGCAAAGGAUUGACCAUUUGGUUCAAACUUUGUGAUUUAAGAGUUUGUCAAGCAGUUAUUUUGAAUAAAAGCCAA